AUGGCGUCGGGACACGGAGGACACCACGAGAACCAGAUUCCGGAAGGGGCGACCGUCUCGCCGGAACCUCUUGACGCGACGCUAUGGAUACACAUCUUUGUUCAGAUGCUCGCCUUUGGCGUUCUCUUCCCUCUGGGGAUGGUUCUCGGGAUCGUCAAGAGCCGGUGGCACGUUCCAUUACAGGUCCUUAGCACGCUGCUAGCCCUCCUCGGUUACGCCCUGGGCCACCUGCACCGCGGCAGGCAGUUCAACCCGAAAAACGUCCACGCGAUCGCCGCCAACCCUCUCUUCUUCCUCAUGAUCGGCCAGGUCGUCGUGGGAACCUAUCUAAAACUCCACCUCGAAAAGGGCUUCCACGGCCGCAUCCGGCCCUUCUUCCGACUUGUGCAUAGCAUCAAUGGCAAGGCGUUCCCGGUGUACGCGUGGGUGCAGAUGGUGUUCGGCGGUAUCACGGCGCUCGGGUUCUGCCAGGGCGACCAUCUCGGGCAAUGCCUGGCACACUUCAUCAUGGGCGGCGCGUUCAUCGCCUACGGCGUCCUCUUGACUAUUCUUCUGCUGGUCGGCCAGCUGUGGCUCCGCCGGACCGGCCGCAGCCAGGAGUUCUUCGACAGCGCCGUCAUUGCCGCCUGGGGGUGCGUCAACACGUUUACCGAGCACCGCUGGGGCACCGCGUGGGUCAAGAACGACUGGCAGCACACGACCAUGGGCAUCAUCUGGUGGAGCGCAGGUUUGGUCGGCGUGUGGCUCAGCAGGGGAAGGGACGGCAGCCCGAGGCGGAAUCCCAUCCCUGCUUUUGUCAUCUUCAUCACCGGCUGGGCCAUGUCGGCGCAUCCGCAGGAGCUGAUGAUCAGCGCCAUGACCCACAGGAUGUUUGGCUACACGCUCAUGGCCGUCGGGGUGACGCGCAUCAUCGAAAUUGCUUUCGUCCUCAAGGACAAGCCUGGCCUGUCCGAGGACGGCACUGAGAUCAACAGCUUCCAAUACAUCCCGGUAUUUCUCAUGUAUGCCGCCGGCUUCCUCUUCAUGGGCGCCACCGAGGAGCAGAUGGCCCUUGUCGCAGGGUCCGGCAUGGACGCAGUCGCCUACAUCCUCAUCCUGUACAGCAUCGCCUCGCUGCUCUUCCUCUUUGUCAUGGCCCUCAUCCACGUCUAUGACCGCGCCGCGAACCCGCUCACGAAGAAGCCCGUCGCCAACGGCCAUCCGGUGCGCGGGGUGGACGAGGCGCGGCUACGCGACGCGAACGAGUAUGAGCUUGACGGGCUGGUCAGUGACGAGGAGGACGAGGAGAGCGCAGCGAGGCGGAAGCUCCUAAGGGUGAGUGAAGAGGACGACGGCCCGCUCCCGACUCCCAGCACUGUGGGGGGCAACAGUAUCCGGGUUGCGUAG